AUGUUCCCUUCCAAGAAGGCCACUAGCGCCGCUGCCGCAGCCGCUCCCGUGAGCUCAAAUGACAGGCCGAUGUGCGUGCAGGGAGACUCGGGGCUCGUCCUCACCACCGACCCCAAGCCCCGCCUCCGGUGGACGGUCGAGCUCCAUGAGCGCUUCGUCGACGCCGUCACGCAGCUCGGCGGCCCGGACAAGGCGACUCCGAAGACUAUCAUGAGGGUCAUGGGAGUGAAGGGGCUUACUCUCUACCACCUCAAGAGCCACCUUCAGAAAUUUAGGUUAGGGAAGCAGCCGCACAAGGAGUUCAACGAUCACUCAGUUAAGGAUGCUGCGGCGAUGGAGAUGCAACGAAACGCAGCCUCUUCUUCAGGCAUAAUGGGAAGAAGCAUGAAUGACCGCAGCGUCCACAUGAAUGAGGCUAUCAGAAUGCAAAUGGAAGUCCAGAGAAGGCUACAUGAGCAACUAGAGGUGCAGAAGCAUCUCCAGAUGAGGAUUGAAGCCCAGGGGAAGUACAUGCAGUCCAUCCUGGAGAAAGCCUACCAGACCCUCGCCUCCGGCGACGUCGCUGCGUGCCCGGCCGGGUACAAAUCCCUAGGGAACCAGGCGAUUCUCGACGUCUGCUCGCUCAAGGACAUCGGCCCUUCCAUGGGCUUCGCUUCCCUGCAAGACCUGCACAUGUACGGCGGUGGCCACCUGGAGCUGCAUGAGCAGAUGGAGCGGCCAAUGGAGGCCUUCUUCGCGAACUGCGACAUUGGCUCGCUGGGGAAGAAGAGGCCCAACAACCCUUACGCCGCCGGCAAGAGUCCGAUGAUGUGGGGCGACGACGAGCAGGGCAAGGGCAUCGACCAGCUCCAGAUGGCGCCGCCGAUGAUGGACGCCGGCAUCGACGUCAUGGACUCUAUCGCCGACGUGUACGGCGACGUGAAGCCCAUGAUGUCCGGCGACUCCACGGGGAGCAAGGGCUGCUUCGACGGCAAGCUCGAGAGGCCUUCGCCGCGGCGGCCGCACAUGGGCAAUGAGAGGAUGGGCAGCCCGUCGGUGAUCGGAGGCCAGACAAGGAACCUGUCCUACGGGUAACUAGCUCACUGCUGAUUAAUUAACCAGCAGUCCUUAACUUGCGGUGAAAUUAAAUUAAAGCAGGCGAUUAUUAUUAACCGGUGCAUGGCUACAAAUAAGUAUAGCUGGAUCAGAAUGGGGAUACAAUGGAGAUACAUAUAUAGCAUAUGUGUCAUUGAUCAGGAUGAUCUUAUUGUGGCGUAUCACUUGUUGGGAUGAUGCUCCAAGAUUAUCUAUUUUGAAGAGAUGUACCUAAGUUCUAUGUAAUUGCUGUGUUGUUGAGAUGGGUGUAAAUGCAUGUGUAACUUAAUUGGUAAUUUUGCAUGCUGAGGAAAAACAAUCUUUAAAUUUCAUUGAUCUGAGGCAUGUACAUUGUAAUAACAAAGAACAUGUCAAUGGAACUUUCUGAUAACU